AUGACAGACUUCUUGGCCAGUGAUGCAGUGAUCUAUCGCAGUCUGGGCGAGAGCAGUCCUGUGCUGAGGACCGUCAAGUACGACUCCAAAUGGCUCCGAGAGCCGCACUUCCUCCACGCCAUAGAGUACGGGAACUACGUGUACUUCUUCUUCAGUGAGAUCGCGGUGGAGUACACGUCGCUGGGAAAGGUGGUGUUCUCCAGAGUGGGCCGUGUGUGUAAGAACGAUAACGGCGGGUCGCCCCGGGUCUUGGAGCGGUACUGGACGUCCUUCCUCAAAGCCCGUCUGAACUGCUCGGUUCCUGGAGACUCCUUCUUCUACUUCGACGUCCUUCAGUCUCUCACCAACGUCCUGCAGAUCAACCACCGCCCCGCCGUGCUGGGGGUCUUCACCACGCAGGCCAACAGCAUCACGGGCUCCGCGGUCUGUGCCUUCUACAUGGACGACAUCGAGAAGUCCUUCAGCGGGAAGUUCAAGGAGCAGAAGAACAGCGAGUCGGCCUGGACCCCGGUGCCCGACGAGCAGGUCCCCAAACCCAGACCCGGCUGCUGUGCGGGCGAGGCCUCUGCCGGCUCCUUUAAGUCCUCCACCACGUUCCCCGACGACACCCUCACCUUCAUCAAGUCCUUCCCUCUCAUGGACGAGUCUGUGGCCUCCGUCAACCACCGACCCUGCUUCACCCGCACCACCAGCAGGUUCAAGCUGACUCAGAUCGCCGUGGAUACCGCCGCUGGUCCAAACAAGAACUACACCGUCCUGUUCCUGGGAUCAGACAACGGCCACGUCCUGAAGGUUCUGACCCGGACCGAGAACGGCAGCUUCAACUCACAGCUGCUGGAGGACAUCGACAUCUACAACCCCAACAAGUGUAAUGUCCGUGGAGAGGACCGGCGUGUGCUCGGGCUGGAGCUGGAUCGGGAUCAUCACUCUCUGUUCGUGGCCUUCUCCAGCUGCGUGAUCCGAGUCCCCCUCAGCCGCUGUGCAGACUACAGCACCUGCAAGAAGAGCUGUCUGGCCUCUCGUGAUCCUUACUGCGUCUGGCUCAGGUCCGGGUCCUGCUCCACCGUCUCGCCGGGAUUCAAAGGGCCGUACGAGCAGGACGUGGAGGACGGGUACUACCAGCACCCAGACACCUGCCACGACGUGCUGGCCACCACUCGCCGACAGAACACAGCCGCAGACUUGGCAUAUGGUCACGUCCUGAGGCUAGUGUCCUGUGGCUGGCGUCCUGGGGCUGGCGUCCUGUGGCUGGCGUCCUGGGGCUGGCGUCCUGGGGCUGGCGUCCUGGGGCUGGCGUCCUGGGGCUGGCGUCCUGGGGCUGGCGUCCUGGGGCUGGCGCCCUGGGGCUGGCGUCUUGGGGCUGGCGUCCUGGGGCUGGCGUCCUGGGGCUGGCGUCCUGGGGCUGGCGUCCUGGGGCUGGCGUCUUGGGGCUGGCGUCCUGGGGCUGGCGUCCUGGGGCUGGCGUCUUGGGGCUGGCGUCCUGGGGCUAGCGUCCUGGAGCUAGUGUCCUGGGGCUAG